AAGUAAACAAAAGUCUAAGAUCGAGAAUGUGCAUCCAGGCUAAUGAGCCACCAUGAUUAGAUUCAUCCUCGUGCAGAACCGUCAAGGGAAGACACGGUUGUCGAAGUGGUAUGUCCCGUACGACGACGACGAGAAGGUCAGGCUCCGAGGUGAGGUGCACAGACUAGUCGCUCCGCGCGACCAGAAGCAUCAGUCGAACUUUGUUGAGUUCAAGAAUUACAAGAUCGUGUACAGGCGAUAUGCCGGUCUAUUCUUUUGCGUGUGCCUGGCAUACCUAGAGGCUAUUCACCUCUUUGUCGAGAUCCUUGGUGUACGCAAUUUUAGACGAGAUAUUUUUGGCUGGCGAGAUUGAGGAAACCAGCAAGGAUGUGGUACUAUCGAGGUUAGAGGAACUUGAGAAACU